UUUUUUGUAUAAUGUAAUGUUUACGAUAGAAGAAAAUCAGGUUUCAGAGAUGGGAAAUGUCGUACGAUUUAUGACACUUGAAAGUUCUGAAAGAGAGAAAGAAAAAAAGAGGUAUGGCUCAGAUGGAAAUCGCAGAAUUUGUGAGGAAUACCAAAAGUACAUUGGAUUGAUUCGUCAAAAGAUAUUAGACAGAUUAUCUUCUCGAGAUCUGAGAUUGCGGAGUAUCAUACGAAUCCCUACUCCCGAUAGGGAUCGGGGCCCCGCAGCGUUGGAAGAGGAACGCAGUAGCAGAGUGUCUCGGAGUGCCACGAAACGAAUAUCAGGCCGUUGCAGAGGUUGCUCCAGCGGCCUGCCAAGUGGCAAGUGCCAGUUGAUCCGCAGCAUUCGCUACGAUUGGAUACGGUACGCUUGAAGCGCGCGCGCAUACGGUGCACCAAAGGGAUAAUUUUCGGAUUCACCGCCCCUUUGUGCCCCUUCGA